GUUCAUGAACCUUCGAGCCCUUUUCCUUGUAGUCAGAGACGUUCAAAUUGCAUCCCAUUUCCGGAAGUUCGUCGAUAACGCAUGCGCCCUAACAUGGUGUUUCUUGACCCCCCUUUCUUCCUUCGCAUCUGCGCAUUUUCCAGGCCCGAGGAGAAUUUCCCUCACAGCCGACGAGGCUGUUUUCUCCCUACGUUCCCAAGAAUCGUCGCGUAGUUUCGUCGACCGUACGAGCGAACAAAUUUCUUCUCUGCGACUACGUACAAUCUUCUUUCGCAUUUCUUUACUCGAUUAAUUUUUCUUCCUAAGGAUGUACAAAACCGUGAGAAAAGGCGAUGCCAGUCUACAAUACAUGAUCUUACCACAAAGUGAUCAAUUCACUUCAAACGGAUUAUCACAGACAAAAUCGACGAUUCCGGCGAACAGAAAAUUACCAUUGAGACUCCUCAAGUAUAUGAUAUGCACGCUUUUGGUGGUCGUAUUUCUUUGCGUUGCAACGCGAUUCCUGAACAAUCAGAACGAUCACAAUCUCUUUGCCGGCACGAUACUGGUUAUGGGUAGGGUCGGCUAUGAAACAACAACAACAACGACGAUGACGGCAACAGCGACGGCGACGGCGACGGCGAUGACGACGAUGACGACGGCAACAACGACAACGACUAGCACGUCGACGUCCGGUAGUACGUCAACGACAACCGAAAACGCGUUGAAAAGUGAUAAGAUCAGCGAAGAAGAAGAGGAAGAAGAAGAAGAAGAGGAAGAGGAGGAGGAGAUAGCCGAGAAAAAUAGAUACCAAGUUCCGAUCACGACGACGAGGCCAAGGACAACGACCAUGAUGAUAACGUCGACUAGUGCUUCUUUAAAAAAUAAAGAUUUUGACGAUCGAACGAUGCCGAUCGAUUCAUUCAGGAAUGAUGAUUUUGAGCCUGCCGAUACCAUAUCUCCAGCACUACCGACAACAUAUUACCAGAGGACACUGUUAUGGACGAAGCAAGAAUUCCGACUGAUUCGUCGAUGAAUACACGACAGACUAGUUCUUAUUCGAGUUCUCAAUCUUCCUCAUUCUCGACUCUAUCCUCGGAAUCCUCGAAGUCCAUGUUGAGCAGCAUCGAACCCUCGGAAAUGACGAAAACGUCCUCUGGAACGGCCAGGAAAGGAAAAAUGCCACGAG